AUGCACAAGCUGCAGGUGUUGCUGCUGGUGGUGUGCGUGGCGGUGGGCCCCAGCCUGGCCCAGAUCACCUUCUCGCGCUCGUGGGUGCCGCAGGGGAAGCGCUCGGGGGUCGCGGGGGCCCUGAUGGCCCCUGAGGGACCUGCUCACGUGGAAAACUGCCGUGACGUCACACUAACGGCUCUUGCACAGGUCGCUGCUCACGUUUCUGACAUGCUGGAGGGGGCGAAGAGCCUCCGCCCGAAAUACACGAAGUACGUGCCAGAGCCCCGGCAGGACUGA